AUGGAUUACAGAGUCCCGGGGGCGGUGAUCAAUGGCGAAAUACCUGCACAACUCCCUGGGGAGAAGAAGAAGAAAAAAGAGGCAGCCGAUCAAACAUUAGAACGAGACCAUUGGAACAACAAGCUGGAAUAUGUGCUUUCCGUGGCCGGGGAAAUCAUUGGCUUGGGGAAUGUCUGGCGCUUCCCUUAUCUCUGUUACAAGAACGGUGGUGGUGCCUUCUUCAUCCCCUACCUCAUCUUCCUCUUCACCUGUGGGAUCCCAGUGUUCUUCUUGGAGACGGCGCUUGGCCAGUAUACCAGCCAGGGAGGAGUCACUGCUUGGAGGAGGCUGUGCCCUCUCUUCGAAGGAAUCGGUUAUGCUUCCCAGGUGAUUGUUGUGCUCCUUAAUUUCUAUUACAUCAUUGUCCUAGCGUGGGCUUUGUUUUACCUCUUCAGCUCUUUCACCAUCGACCUUCCCUGGGGCAGCUGUGACCAUGAAUGGAACACAGGGAACUGCGUGGAAUUCCAGAAGACGAACUCCUCUCUCAACGUGACAGCUGAAAAUGCCACCUCCCCCGUCAUUGAAUUCUGGGAGAGAAGAGUGUUAAAGAUUUCCAGUGGCAUCGAACAUAUGGGGAGUGUCCGGUGGGAGUUGGCUCUCUGCCUCCUGCUGGCCUGGAUCAUCUGCUACUUCUGUAUCUGGAAAGGCGUCAAGUCUACGGGCAAGGUAGUGUACUUUACUGCCACCUUUCCAUACCUCAUGCUGGUUGUUCUACUGAUCAGAGGAGUCUCCCUGCCUGGAGCAUCUCAAGGGAUCCUCUUCUAUCUUUAUCCAGACCUCACUCGACUUGGUGACCCCCAGGUGUGGAUGGAUGCAGGUACUCAGAUCUUUUUCUCCUACGCCAUUUGCUUGGGGUGCCUGACAGCGUUGGGCAGCUACAACCAGUACCACAACAACUGUUACAGGGAUUGCAUCGCUCUGUGUUUUUUGAACAGUGGCACAAGUUUUGUGGCUGGUUUUGCGAUCUUUUCCAUCUUGGGUUUUAUGGCACAAGAACAGGGAGUGCCAAUUUCUGAGGUAGCUGAGUCGGGACCUGGCCUGGCUUUCAUAGCAUAUCCCCGAGCGGUUGUCAUGCUGCCCUUUUCUCCGCUGUGGGCCUGUUUCUUUUUUGUCAUGGUUGUCCUUCUGGGAUUGGACAGUCAGUUUGUCUGCAUGGAAAGCCUGGUGACCGCUGUUGUUGACAUGUACCCUGAGAUUUUCCGGAAAAAGAACCGCAGAGAAACCCUGAUCUUGCUUGUCUCCAUCCUCUCGUACCUUGUGGGGCUGGUCAUGAUUACCGAGGGUGGGAUGUAUGUCUUCCAGCUAUUUGACUACUACGCUGCUAGUGGCAUGUGCCUUCUCUUUGUUGCCAUUUUUGAGACUCUGUGCAUCGGUUGGGUCUAUGGUGCUGACCGUUUUUAUGAUAAUAUUGAAGACAUGAUUGGCUAUCGGCCGUGGCCAGUCAUCAAAUACUGCUGGGUAUUCAUCACACCAGCUGUCUGCCUGGCAACGUUUUUUUUCUCUCUGAUCAAAUAUACCCCACUGACGUACAACAAGAAAUACGUGUACCCAUGGUGGGGAGAUACCAUCGGCUGGCUGUUGGCCCUCUCGUCUAUGGUUUGCAUCCCGCUCUGGAUUGCAUAUAAACUGUCUACCAUCAAGGGCUCCCUGAGAGAGAGGUUCCGCCAGCUCGUCUGCCCAAAUGAGGACUUGCCUCAGAGGCUGUGUCCAGAGCCACCUUUUCCUGCCACUCGAACUGAGCUCUUGAUGUUGACAGAGUUGGAUUCCCGCUGUUAGAGGAAUGGGG